AUGACAUCCUACAACCCAUUUGCGCGCCGGGAAUCUCAUCCCACAUCUGCUCUCUCGACAUAUCGCAUUCUCGUCCCUCUUUCAUGGAUGCUGGUCGUCAUCGUGGGAAUCUACUACACAUUUCACUCCCCUGACGUCAAGCAUGGCCAUCGCAUCUUCAAACAAGGCAACAAGCACACCACGCCGUUUAGCCUGAAUGGAACGCUCGCUGGAAUCUACUGGAUCCUCAUCCUCCUCUCCCAAAUAAGCUAUGUCUACCAUCUUUUCUCCCGACAAACCGCCCUAGUAACCUCCGCCGCCAACAUCGCCUCCCACUUCAUCCUCAACAACCUCGCCCUCUUCAUCUGGAUCCUCCUCUGGACCCGCGACCACUUCUGGGGCUCCGAGAUCUUUCUCAUUCUCAACUUCAUCAACCUCCACGCCGCAUACUGGCGCCACCGUCGGCUUCCGGCAUUCGUGCAUCUCCCUGCUAUCGCGGGACCGUAUGCGUGGACGUUGUUCGGGUUGUUUUGGAAUGGAGCUGUUGCAGUGAAUAGUGAUAAGUUGCCGGCGAGAAUUGUGGCGAAUGUGUUUAUUUGGGUGCUGUUUGCGGUUGGAAGUGGGCAUAUUGCGUCGACUCAGGAUUAUAUUUUGGGAUAUUGUUUGAGUUGGUUGAUGCUUGCAUUGGCCGUCAAGCAACUCGCGAUCAAGGUUAUUGCUUUGCAGUGGAUUUUCGCAUUCGUUAUAUUCGCUAUUUUCCUGAUCGAAUCGGUCUAUCUGUCUAGUACCAAAUACUACGGUCGUGAUUCGCUGUUUCGACGUGUGGCGCAUCCAGAGACUGACCGUGAGCGUGAGCCAUUGCUUAACUAG